AUGACAGAUACACUGAUUGAUGAUGAUAUUAUUGAAACAAAUAAACCAACAACAUCAGGUUCUAAUUCGUCAGUAACAACAACUCGUCGACCAAUGUUCAUUGAAACUGAAGUACGUACAGAUACAAUAACAAAACGACGAAUGGGAUCAAAUACUACAACAAGUAGAAGUGUUUAUGAUGUACUUCAAAAUACAAAAUCACCUACAGAUGGACUUCCACCAACAACUUAUACUUAUGCUCACAGUGUUUCCUAUAUGCCUGUGACGGAAAAUGGUGCAUAUGCUGUUCCAGUAAUGGCUCGUCGUGAUUUACAUGGUGAUUAUCGUUCAUAUGGAUCAUCAACAAAUUCGGUAUUUUCAUCACCAACACGAUUUAUGUCAAAUGUUCGUUCACAAUUAGCUAAUGGAUAUUCAGCUAUACGUGAUCGUUUAAUGCAUCAAACUACUCAACAACAAGGAACAGAAACACUUCUUAAUUCACCAACAUCUCAUCGUAGUAGAGGAUUUUCUCGUUCAUCAUCUCAAUCAUCAACAAAUGGUCAAACAACAGGUUAUAAUCUUCGUCGACGUACUGGUGCUGCACCUGUUCAUUCAACACCACGUGAUAAUGAUAAUGAACAAAUUGAACAACAUAAAUUAACAAGAAAAGAACGAAAAAGUCAAGAUCAACAAAAUGAACAAGAAGAAGACGAAGAAGAAGAAGAAGAAGAAGAAUAUAAUAAAGAAAAAGAAACAAGAAAAAAACAUGAAAAAUUUCAUGAAGAUAAAGAUAAUACAUUAAUAAGUUUUAUGAAAAAUCUUCUUUAUAUACCAAUUAAUCUAUUCAAAUUUCUAUGGAAUAAUCUUAUGAGUUUACCAUGGUGGUUACUUAUUCCACUUCUUUUUCUUCUUGGUCUUUAUGCUUUUCCUUAUUUGGCAUGUAAAUCAUUUGAACAUUAUCCAGAAUCAAAAGCUUAUGAAUAUUGUCAAGAUUUUCAAGAAUAUAGAAAUAAACAAAUGGGAAAUAUAACGAAUUUUAUUCGUGAAAAUACAUAUAAUCGUAUUUCUUAUUAUCUUAAACGAUUUUAUCAUUGGUUAAUUGAUAUAAAAGAUUGGAUAAUGAAUUUUCUUGAUGAUAUUUAUUAUACAAUAAAAAAAACAUUUCAUCGACAAGUUAAUCAAGUUAAAGGACGUGUUAAUAAUGUUGUUGAAACAACAAAAGACAAUGCUAAAGAAUAUUGUGAUGCUAGUUUACAAAAAGUUCAAAAUUUAAUGGAUGAAUUUAAACAUGAAAAAGAAAAAUAUCUUGGUAGUCGACAUGCAUUAAAACCUGCACAAGAACGAGAAUUAGAUGCUCUUAUUCGACAAUUACUUGAUGAAUAUGCCGCUGAUGAAACUGGUCAAGCUGAUUAUGCACUUGAAGCUAAUGGUGGAAAAAUUGUUGAUACAAGAUGUACGGAAUAUACUGAUGAACCACGCCAGAAUGUUGUUAAAUUUCUUGGUAUUCCUAUAGUACAUAUGUCUAAACAACCGGAUAUAAUGAUAAAAUCUGGUCGAAUGCCAGGUCAAUGUUUUCCAUUUAAAGGUGAUCAAGGAAGUGUUAUUAUUAAAUUAGCUGUACCUGUUAAACCAACUGAAUUUGUACUUGAACAUUUAUCAAAAACUAUUUCAAUUGUUGGACAUAUUAAUAGUGCACCGAAUAAUUUUACUGUUUAUGCUUUAAAAGAUAAAAGUGAUAAAGAAGGUAUGGUUCUUGGUCGAUAUUAUUAUGAUGCAGAGAAUGGUCCAUCACUUCAACGAUUUAAACCUCAACUUGUUAAUGUACCAACUGUUGAAUAUGUUGAACUUCGAGUAACAUCAAAUUGGGGUAAUCCAAAUUAUACAUGUGUAUAUCGAUUUCGUGUUCAUGGUGAUUUGCCAAUGGUACAACCAUCAGCACCACCAGCUGCAUAA